AUGACUAUUUUUACCUACCGAUUUGCACUCGAAGGAACGAGAUGCCAAGCGCACCCGCGCGUGUCGACAGCGCAAUACGAGCUUUUUUGUUCAGCAAACCCCUGGGAUCCGGCUGGAUAUGGUGGCAUCGACGGGGCCGAAAACCCGAUCGUACGAGGUGGCUGCCGGAUGACAAUUCGUUACUUUGGCUUUUUCUGUGCCGAUAAUAAGGUAGUAGGCAGUGGUCACAUCUUUUGUUUCGAGUGUCGCGGCCUAGGCCGAAUCCGAAUUCGUGACCGUGUUUCACCGCUCCCACAGCGCCCGCCGGCUUCACGAGAGAAUCGGAAGCCCCUUCCGCAAUUUAAGGCCGUGGCUUGGCCCGAUCGAAUACGACAACCGUCGGCUGUGCCACCAAUGAUCGCGUGGUUCGCACAGCAUGGCAUCCCCACAGGGACACAGCCUACCCAUGCGUGCCACGAUCCGGGCUGA